AUGAGUGAAUUCCAAAGUGUCGUAGAUGUAGAUGAACAUGGGAUUUUAAACAAGCAAACCGAAAGUAUAGGGAAUGACAUAGUUGAUGAAGAGUUGGAAGUUAUUCAAAGUGAUGAUUAUCAGUAUGCAGGAUUUUAUGAAGAUGAAAGGACAAAAAUGCUUAAGGAGUUGAGUAGGUCAACUCCAUGCUCACAUGGGGAGAUCCAUUUAAAACCAUAUAGGGUGGGGCAGUGUUUCAAAACAAAUAAGGAAGUUGUGGACUACAUGCAUUCACUUGCUGUAAAUACAAGGAGGUCCCUAUACUUAGCAAAAAAUGAUAAAAUCAGGAUAAGGGUCAAAUGUGGAGGUGUUGUGGGCUAA